AUGGAUAAAUUGGUCGCCCAGUACACCCAGGCGCCUCACCAGAAUGAGUUCUAUUCCGAACAAGAGCAGCAUGACCUCACCGAGAGCCUGCCCCCGAUCUCUCUAAAAUUCGACCUCCCUCCUGUGGAUAACUCUCGAGCUUUCCUUCGUGCGAUGACCGAUGACCACUCCAACCCCGACUGUCCCAUCAAGUUGGCUCACGGAACGACGACGCUGGCUUUCCGCUUCCAGGGCGGAAUUAUCGUUGCGACGGAUUCCAGAGCUUCGGCUGGUGACUGGAUUGCCAGUCAGACGGUGAAGAAGGUCAUUCCCGUGUCGCGGUUGAGCCGUGGUGAGGAUAAGCCGACGAAUGAUCCGACGCCGGGUCUUUUGGGCACUAUGGCCGGUGGUGCUGCGGAUUGUCAAUAUUGGCUGAGAUAUCUGAGUCAGCAAUGCACACUUCACGAAAUCCGACACAAGCGCCGUAUCACCGUCGCCGCUGCUUCGAAGAUCCUCGCUAACCUGACAUACGCCUACAAGGGCUAUGGUCUGAGCAUGGGUACAAUGUUGGCAGGCAUGACGCCCCAGGAAGGCCCCGCCCUCUACUACAUCGACUCCGACGGCACCCGACUCGCCGGUAACCUGUUCUGCGUUGGAUCCGGUCAGACCUUCGCGUACGGCGUGCUGGACGCCAACUACCGCUACGAUCUGUCCGAGGAGGAGGCGCUCGAGCUCGGCCGACGAAGCAUUCUGGCCGCCAUGCACAGAGAUGCGUUCUCCGGUGGUUUCAUCAACCUGUACCACGUCAAGGAAGAGGGAUGGGUGCACCACGGCUUCGACGACAUGAACCCCAUCUUCUGGAAGACGAAGUUGGAGAAGGGCGAGUUCUCCAACGUCACGUCGGAAUUGUAG